GUUUGCUUUGUGAUAGCCAGUCUCUCUCCAGCCCAACACAAGGCGGCUGCCCUUCGGGUUUUCCUAGACCUAACCCCUUUACAUCCUUCAGAUCGACAGAGGACAGGACCCGGAGACAGCAGUGACUAUGGCCUGGCCCCUGCUAGGGGCUUUCCUCUGUGGGCACUUGCUGAACUUCGUGUGCCUGAGCGGGCUAGCUGUGCAGGUGACUGUGCCCACUGAGCCACUAAGCAUGCCCAUGGGCAAGACGGCCGAGCUGAGCUGCAGUUACAGCACGUCGGUGGGUGACAACUUUGCCUUGGAGUGGAGCUUUGUGCAGCCUGGGAAGACCAUCUCUGCAUCUGUGCCAAUUCUGUACUUCACCAAUGGCCACCUGUAUCCCACUGGCUCUAAAGCAGACCGGGCCAGCCUUCUCCACAACCCACCUACAGGAGGACUGGCUACCCUGAAACUGACUGACCUCCGCCCCUCAGACACUGGAACCUACCUCUGUAACGUUAACAACCCACCAGAUUUCUACACCAAUGGGUUGGGGUUAAUCAACCUUACUGUGCUGGUGGCCCCCAGUCACCCCUUAUGCAGCCAGAGUGGGCAAACCUCCGUGGGAGGUUCUGCUGCACUGAGAUGCAGCUCCUCCGAGGGAGCACCCAAGCCAGUGUACAACUGGGUCCAUCUUGGAUCUUCUCCAACACCUCCUCCUGGUAGCAUGGUUCAAGAUGAAGUGUCUGGCCAGCUCAUUCUCACCAAUCUCUCCCUGACCUCCUCUGGCACCUACAGAUGUGUGGCCAGCAACCAGAUGGGCAGUGCCUCCUGCGAGCUGAACCUCUCUGUGACUGACUCAUCUGAAGGCCGAGUGGCUGGGACUCUGAUUGGGGUGCUGCUGGGUGUGCUGCUCCUGUCAGUCGCUGCAUUCUGCCUGAUCAGGUUCCAGAAAGAGAGAAAAAAAGAGCCCAAGGAGACAUAUGGGGGAAGUGACCUUCGGGAGGAUGCCACCGCCCCUGGGGUUUUGGAGCAAGCUUUUGUGAGAGCUGAUUCUAGCAAAGGGCUCCUGGAGACAUCCCCACCCACCAGCACUGUGACCACCACCAAGUCCAAACUCUCUAUGGUUGUAUGACUUCUGAUCGCUGAGGGUGGUGAGGGAAGAAUAUUGAUAAUGAAAGUCCCGUGCUACCUCGGUCUCCUUUCUUUCUUCUUCUUCUUUUUUU